AUGGAGAAGUUUCUGCAUCCAUAUGACAAGGAAUACAUGAAGAUGACCAUGUUAAAGCAUGAGGAAACGUUUAGAGAGCAGGUUUGCGAACUCCAUCGUCUGUAUCAUAUGCAGAAGAUACUAAUGAAGGAUAUAGCCAAAAACAAGCAAAAUAUACACGAUUUUGCGUCUACUUCCAAGCAAAUGAAUGAUCAAGCUGAUGUGCACGAGAAUGCACGGCAAUGUCUUGACUUGGAAAGGCCUGCUGAAAAGUUCGAAGAAGAAGACGAUAGUGAACUUGAGCUGACUUUGGGCCCGACAAGCUAUUACCGGAAGAGGAAAGAUGCCGAAACUCCAUUAGCAUCAGAUUCGGGGCGAAGCUUUUCUUCUUCUUCAAUUGGUUCCAACCAUAUAAAGUUUACAACAAGAGAGGAAUUACUAAAUCCUAGUUUCCUUGGUAGAAGGAAAAAUAGUUCUGAAGUUGAAAAGAAAUUGAGACAAGAUAUAUUAAAUUCUCCCCCUUGGCUUAUGCAGGUUUUAAGCCUGAAUAUGACUUGA